CAUAAAGCCUCGGGGCGGCGGGCGGGCCUCGCCUCUUUUGCUCCACGCGCGCCUGGACAGGCUGGUGCGCGUCUCUGACGGCUUGACUCCUGGGCAAGAUGGAGUGGGUGUGGGCGCUCGUGCUGCUGGCGGCGCUGGGCAGUGGCCGCGCAGAGCGAGACUGCAGAGUGAGCAGCUUCCGAGUCAAAGAGAACUUCGACAAGACUCUGUUCUCCGGGACCUGGUACGCAAUAGCCAAGAAGGACCCUGAAGGUCUCUUUCUGCAAGACAACAUCGUCGCCGAAUUCUCCGUGGACGAGAAUGGCCACAUGAGUGCCACUGCCAAGGGACGAGUUCGUCUUUUGAGUAACUGGGAAGUGUGUGCAGACAUGGUGGGCACCUUCACUGACACAGAAGACCCUGCCAAGUUCAAGAUGAAGUACUGGGGCGUAGCCUCCUUUCUCCAGAGAGGAAUUGAUGACCACUGGAUCAUUGACACGGACUACCACACGUUCGCCCUGCAGUACUCCUGCCGCCUCCUCAACUUUGAUGGCACCUGUGCAGACAGCUACUCUUUUGUGUUUGCACGUGAUCCCAAUGGCCUGACCCCUGAGAUUCGGAGGCUGGUGAGGCAGCGGCAGGAGGAGCUGUGCCUGGACCGGCAGUACCGGUGGAUUGAGCACAACGGUUACUGCCAAAGCAAAGCAGGAGAAAACCUUUUGUAGCAACAUCAAAGACAUAAAAGUUUCAUUUGAAGAUUUCUGAUUAACUUUCAAUCUUCACCUCUAUUUAUCUUAGGAGUUUAGUUUGUCUCCACUCCCCCGACCCCAACUGCCCCUCGCAUCCCCUUGCCUUCCCUAGGUGAACAUAAAACAUCAGUACACAUCAAAAUCCACAUAGGAAUGAUUGAAUCUGCAUCACUGUGGAUCUUAUGGAAGUUUCCUGAGACUUGGAAUUCCAAACUUUGAUUUAUUAAAAUAUAGCUAUCAGCUUCCUAUGA